AUGCUAAGAGCUCUCUUCUCCCUGGUGCUCCCAAUCAUCAUCACCAAGCUUCUUAUUGCAGCUAUGCUUAAUCUGGAGCUCCACGCCCUCAACUCCUCCCGCUCCGCGUACCAAACCAUCUCCUUCGCCGCCGAGUUCUUCGACCACUUCUCCCUCCUCUCCUCCUCCUCUCCUUCUUCGUCUCCUCUCCAAUGCGGCGUCCUCCUCAAAUCCGUGUGCUCCAUCCUCCGCACCCCCGCGGCCUCGCUCCACCGCCUCGUCGCCCGCCUCCCCGCCCCCGACGCCCCCAAGCUCCAGUGGACCCUCCACUGCCUCAACGGUGUGAAGAAGACCUAUUGGAUCAGUUGCCAGGUAGAGCCGGACAUACAACAACUUUCCCUCGACCGCCAGCGGUUCCCCAGUAGCCUUGUGGUGAGGCCAAGGGACCUCUCACGGCUGCUUGCUAACUUCCAGUCCUCCCUUCAGGAGAUAACCAUUAUCGCGACGGAACCGUUGGUCGGGCCGUCGGAUGCAGGGGGAGAGAUCGGAGGGAAGGCUGUCGAGCUGAGGAGUUAUAUAGAUCCUGCUAAAGAUAGCAGUGAUGCAGCGCUGCAUACACAGCUUUGGAUAGAUCCAGCAGAGGAGUUUUUACAGUAUAACCAUGUCGGCGAUCCGGUGGAUGUCACUUUUAGUGUGAAGGAACUGAAGGCCUUCCUUACUUUUUGUGAGGGUUGUGAGGUUGACAUUCACCUAUUCUUCGAGAAAGCUGGAGAGCCUAUACUUCUGGCACCAAAAUUCGAAUUGGAUGAUGGGUCUCAUUCGGACUUUGAUGCCACUCUAGUUUUGUCGACUAUGCUCGUAUCACAACUCACUGAUGGGAGCACUAGUGAACGCCCAUCGGCUCCUCCAGCACAUGAGACCGAACAUGCAAGAGCUGCUAAUGUAUCACCAGCUCCUCAGAAUACUUCUGAAAAUACUAAGAUCUGGUCAGAGCUUUCAGGUAGCGCCGCCAGAAGUGACAGAGAAAACAGAGAAAAGCAGGCCGAGAUGGAGCGAAAUCCGAGUACUAGCGGUCGGGAUGGCAUGCGAAUGCAUAACACGGUUAAUGCUCCUGGCAAACUGCCAGCACAAGAGGAUGCGCCUAAUAUACGGCAGCCUAUUGAGAGAGAUCAUAUGGAUGAACCACAAGAAGUCAAUGCUAACCCUAACUCUCAGCACCACCCUAGUAAUUGGGUAGGUGCCGAUGAUGACGACGAUGAGGAAGAAGAAGAAUUAUAUGUACAGUCGACGCCUCAUUAUUUUGACUGAACGAUAGCAUCGGUGCCGUUUAGUACUCAACUGUUAAGAAAGGUGUGCUUUACUGUCGCAAAUAGUUUGCAAGCUUGUUUUAUUUGUAUAUGUUUGCCGAACCCUGUAAUUGUAAUAACCUGCUGUUGAACCUAAAUUGUGUUUUCGAACUGAUCUGCAUAUCUUUUAAGUUGAAUCGAGGCUUGAGAAUUCGUGUUUUUACAGCUAA